AUGGGUGACAGCACCACGAUCGUGUGGGAGAGUGAGCUGCUACGUGCGCGGCAAUGGCUUGCAUCCACUCGCAAAGACGAGCAGCACGAGCAGACGCGUCUUUUCUGGCGUAUCAAGUCGCACAUUGCCUUUACCGACCACCGCCGGUCGCUACAGAGCGAAACGAUCGCGAGCGAGGACGAAGACGACGAUACGGCGCUGGACUUUCUAGGCGACGUGGACCUUUCGGACAUGAACGCGCUGCUGCAAGCAGAGGCAGCAGGCGCCAACGCGCUGGUGGACCGCAACGUAUUGAGUGCAAGUGACACGAGAGCGCCACUGGAGAUGCCGUUGAACUUGGCAUCCCCCGAAACGAUUGUGAAGCUGAUGGAGACGGACCCAGUGAAUGCGGCAAUGGACGGGACGGAAGCGAGUAACGCGAGCGUGCAGGCGCUGAUCCAGACGCUGGCGCUGGACGUGACGCACGUCGAGCCAUUCAGUGUAGAAACAGGGUCGACGGAAGAAAGUACGCUCUUUCAUUUGCUGCAAAGAUUUGGGCAAAACGAGACGAAGAUUGAGACGACGGUGAGCAGUGACGUCAAGAUGGAGGUGGAACUGGAGAUGGAGCAGGCCGAGUUGAUGCACCACGAGCUGUCGACGAGUCCACUGGCGCUGGCCAAAGACACGACUGACAGGAGGACGACAGCACGAUUGGAUGUAAAAGAGGCGAAAGUAGUGGAUCCAGACCUUUGUGAUCCGGCGGUUGUACGACGUAAAGAAAAGUUACGAUGGAAGCAAAGAGAUGCGAAGACGUCAGAGGAGGUACGCCGUCCGAAUCUGCGACAUGGGAAGACGAGGCUGACGCUAACUCGCGAGGAGGAAAGCGGCGGUGAAAGCGGUGGCUGUGUAAAUAGCUCGUACUCGCCCUCGCCAGUAGAGGAUGAAGGCGAUUCGGAACCUGAUGAAAAGCAAGUAGCAGAUGGUCUUGACGAUGACAGGGAAGGACGACGGUCGGUGAAACGUGUCAGGAAGCGGCUGCAGCAGACGAGUGUUGUACCGAAGAAGACGAACUUGCGUUUACGCAGACCAAUUUUCACGCACAAAUUGGCCCAGCAAGGUGACGGUGCUCAGGACAGAGGCGACGUUAUGGGAUUGCGGUCUCUUACUGAGAGCGAAGCUGAGUGUAAUCUAGCUACUGGAGAGAUGUUACAGGCAGAAGGAGACUCAAGAACUAUGCCAAGCCAACCGCUCAUGCAUGUGGUCAGCAAGGAUAAAGUUGGGGAAAAUGAAACGGUUAGCUCACCAAAAGAAGGAGAGGACUGGUUAUUGGACGAUGCUAGUGCCAGUGAUACAUAUGGCGGUACGAUAGUAUGUGAUGGAAUGAAGGAGUCAACUCUGCGAUCCGAGGUUCCUGAUAGAAUCGCAAGUCUGCUAGGUUCUUUCCAAGAAAAGGAUGAUCAUGAGGAAGCACAGGUUUUGGAAAGCGUGUCACCUAAGCCAGCUACAAUAUUGGAUGGCGACACGGUCAGUAAAGCUCUAGCUGGAGUAGGUUUGAAACCGUUGGCUACUGGGUGUACUGCUCACGAAGCGGAUGACACUCAGGGUAACCUGGUAGUCGACGCGUACGACAUCGCUAAUGCUGCAGACGCUCAUUCGCCUCCUACCGGGACGGUGGAUAGGGAGAGCAACGAUGUGUCUCCUCAAGACGAGGUCGCUCGUGGAACCGUGAGUGUCUCCACGCCUGAUUUGGCUGUCAGUAGCGACGUCGGAGAGGAACAGGAGAGUAUCACACCAGAAGUAGUUGGUGACGAUUUGGAGUGGGUAGAUAACGAUCCUAUAGUAGGCGAGGCGCAGCAGAGGGCAGAAGCGAGCGACGAAGACCUUUCGGAGGCUGAAACAGAAAUACUGGAAGACGAUACGCCGGAUACCAACGAUCUGGGACUUGAUGACAGUGAUGACAGUGAUUAUGGUAUUGACGAUUUCGUGAACGAGACGGAUCGUGCAAUCGGUACUCAAGGUAAAGCUUCAGGUAACGAACAAAACAGCGUGACGUCGAACAAAAAAGCAUCCGAUCAGACACAUGACAGCACUGGCUCGGACAAACAAGCGUUGGACGGCCAGAAGGCCUGUGCGUCAAUAGACGGAGUACAGCAGUUCUUUGAUUUUGCACCGGUGAAAGUGACGCGAGCGGCCACCACUGCCUUUGAAGCCGUGUCAGCCCAUAGUCACGACGUGACUCACGUACAGUCGGAAUGCAACGAAGUCGACAAACCUAAGAAGAGGUUUGCGGUGCCAACGAACCCGUCGAUUGGUUCCAAUGGGCUUCGUUCAUAUAAAACACCAUGCGCAAUCACGACGAUACAAAGAGGCAAGUAUUUACAGAUAAGGCGCUGUGCUAAAAUGCUGAAUGAUUUACCAGAAGGCAAGCGUCAACUGCCCAGUCAGUACACAGUAAUACCUACGAGUAACUCUAAGGUAAGCAGUGAUCAGGAUCUCGAUGACGUACCGCUCGCUUUUUUGACGAAAGAAAUGCUGAAAACGAGCGAAGACGAAUCGCAAACCAGAUAUCUGUCGUAUGCAGGGACGAAAAAGAAGACUAGUGAUUCGCCCAGUUCUGCAGCGCAGGCGCCCCGGAUCGUGUCAAAGUCGCGUUAUGGUGGGGGUCUGAGCUCGGGUGCUUCUUCGGCAGCACAACCUUCGUUCUCGGCGUCAAUUGAAAAACCGACGCGAGUGGUUGAUAACAGUGCUUCUAAUGGUAGAUACAGGCGGGAGCCUCAAAUAAGUUUAUAUGACGCUCUACACAUAGAUGGGCAAGACGUUACCAGCGACAUUCACGAAGGAAGCGGUUACAAACGUCCCAGCCGAUUCAAGAAAAUGCAAGAGGAAGCAGUACGUAAAGGCGUUUGUCUGGUUAAAAGCCGGGUGCGGGAUGUAGACUGGGACAAACUUCCGAUUCCGAAAAAGAGAAAGAAAACACAGAAAUUGGAGGAGCUGACACACGAUGCGGAACCACGGUUGUCAAGCAAGAGUGAUCAUGGUUGUAAGAAGGGUGCACGGCGUGACGAUUGCCGCAAAGAAUGCUCAACUUCAUACAGCAGAAACUCGAGAUCCAAUCGCUAUGGACCACAAACGCCAACGAAGUCGGACAAGCAUGACUUUUCCUCGCAUGGACGUCCGGGCCAGGAACGCGACCACAGCAAGCGUGAUAGGAAAAUACGACUACCGCUGUCGCCAUCUAGAGACCGGGGUUCUUCUGCCAGAAAUGGUCGGUCGCGUGAUGAUCGCCGGCGCAAAGGUUCGCCUCGAUCCAGGUAUCGUUCCCCUAGUCCUCGGAAACGGGAGAACAGCAGCAAACAAAGUCGCCACCGUUCGCGUUCAAGGUCGCGGGAGAGGUCGAGCAAGCGAGGCCAUCGUCAUUUUGAUCAAACGACGAAGACUGAUCGCGAUCGUUAUCGAAAAGCUAAUGGUCGACGACGAUCAACGUCUCAAGAUAGCCGAGAUUCCAGAAAAACGGAGAGUUUGUGUAAGACACUACAGUCUGAGAAAGUCAGCCAAAACAGUAGCGUCGGUGGCAUUGAUACACCUGCAAAAAAGCGAGAGAUCCCUGAUGGUGUAGAAGCACCUCCUUCACCGGGUGCGUUGGCUACAUUUGAUGGUGACGAUGAUGUAUACAUCACGGAUUCGGAUGAUGAUGGAAGCGCGUUGAUGAAGGAAGUCGAAGAUAUUCGCUUUGAUCUGGAAAGCGUUUCUGUGGAUGAAACUUUAGUAAUGAGGCAGGUGUAUGUGUCGGGGUUGAACCCUACCGUAUGUGCAGAACAAAUUGAGGAGGACUUUGCACGUUUUGGCGUCGGGGUUGAUCAAGAUACUGGAUUCCCGGCAAUCGAGGUGUUUGUGUGUCAGCGCAACUAUCUCGGACGCGGUGAUGCACGGGUAACUUUUAUAACGGAGGGAGGAGCGAAGGCCGCAGUAGAAGAGCUUAAUUCAAAAAACGUGAAGAACUCGAUGAUACAAGUGCGACAAAUGGACGUUCACACCCAGCGCAUACUAAUGUUGCAGUUUCAGGUGGCUCGAGAUACGUGGAAGUGUACUGGAACUCAGUGCCGUACCAACGUGAGUGUGUGGAAUGCCAAGUGCGACAAGUGUGGUCGAAAUCGUGUAUAUGGCCCUAGCAACACUAAGAUCAGAGCUCGAUCUUGGUUAUGCUCGCUGUGUUUUACAGCAAAUGAUCCGACUGCGACGACCUGUCACGGUUGCAUGGAAGCACUUCCAGAAGUCGACCGCUCGUCUUUCUACGCGUCGUGA